UCAAGCGGCCCCCCGGCCAGAUAGCUAGGGCAGCGUUGUGCGUGGUGAAUGGCAAGCAAGCGCAUCCAGAAGGAGCUGCUGGAUUUGCAGCGCGACCCGCCCACGUCAUGCAGCGCCGGCCCCGUUGGUGAGGAUCUCUUCCGCUGGCAGGCCACAAUCAUGGGUCCGCCCGACAGCCCUUACACCGGCGGCGUCUUCUUCGUCAUGAUCCACUUCCCCCCCGACUAUCCAUUCAAGCCGCCCAAGGUCAACUUCCAGACCAAGGUUUACCAUCCAAACAUCAACUCCAAUGGGAGCAUCUGCCUCGACAUCUUGAAGGAGCAAUGGAGCCCGGCUCUCACCAUCUCCAAGGUUUUGCUCUCCAUUUGCUCGCUCCUCACCGAUCCAAAUCCCGACGAUCCUCUGGUGCCCGAGAUCGCCCACAUGUACAAGAACCAGAGAAGCCGGUAUGAGGAGACUGCCAGGGCGUGGACGCAAAAGUAUGGCAUGAAUUGAAAGCGAGCAAGAGCAAGCAAGCCGGAUCGGGCAUCUACACUACCACCACCACCACCACCACCAUCCCCCAUCUUGGUCAGUUCUUCUCGGUUCUUAUUUAUGCGAUCUCAUUCGUGUUCCAGGGUUCCUUUCGCUUCCUUCCCUCUCCAUUCUCAAGUGAGUGAGUUACACUGACCCGAUCUAGUGAAAUCAAAACCCAUCUUUGUCUAUAAACUUCACAUCUAUCCUGAGAAAACAACAAGCGAAAAGCUUGUAGUCUCCCGAA